GGAGGCAUGGGUUAUAUAUAAAUACCCUCUAAGCCGGACUUCAGCCUGAGCGAGCUGGAGAGCUAGUAGAAGCAUCAUCUGCACUGCCUGAGACAGACCGGAGCCCAAGAAAGCUACCACCAUGUGUGACGAUGAAGAGGUUACCGCACUUGUAUGCGACAAUGGCUCCGGGCUUGUAAAAGCUGGAUUCGCUGGAGACGAUGCCCCAAGAGCAGUAUUUCCAUCUAUUGUUGGGCGUCCUCGCCACCAGGGUGUCAUGGUUGGUAUGGGUCAAAAAGAUUCCUAUGUAGGUGAUGAGGCCCAGAGCAAGAGAGGUAUCUUGACUCUUAAAUAUCCAAUUGAACAUGGUAUCAUCACCAACUGGGAUGACAUGGAGAAGAUCUGGCAUCACACCUUCUACAAUGAGCUGCGUGUAGCCCCAGAGGAACAUCCCACCCUGCUCACUGAGGCUCCACUGAACCCCAAGGCCAACCGUGAAAAGAUGACUCAGAUCAUGUUUGAGACCUUCAAUGUCCCAGCUAUGUAUGUUGCAAUCCAGGCAGUGCUAUCUCUGUAUGCCUCUGGUCGUACCACUGGUAUUGUGCUGGACUCCGGUGAUGGUGUAACACACAACGUACCAAUCUAUGAAGGUUAUGCCUUGCCACACGCAAUUAUGCGUCUUGACUUGGCUGGUCGUGACCUGACUGACUACCUGAUGAAGAUCCUGACAGAGCGCGGUUACUCUUUUGUCACAACCGCUGAACGUGAAAUUGUUCGUGACAUCAAGGAAAAGUUGUGCUAUGUAGCUCUGGACUUUGAGAAUGAGAUGGCCACUGCUGCCUCCUCCUCCUCUCUAGAGAAGAGCUAUGAGUUGCCUGAUGGACAGGUCAUCACCAUUGGCAAUGAGCGUUUCCGUUGCCCAGAGACUCUCUUCCAGCCAUCUUUUAUUGGUAUGGAGUCUGCCGGUAUUCAUGAGACAACUUACAACAGCAUCAUGAAAUGCGAUAUUGAUAUCAGGAAGGACUUGUAUGCCAACAAUGUCAUGUCUGGUGGUACCACCAUGUACCCAGGUAUUGCUGACCGCAUGCAGAAGGAGAUCACUGCUCUGGCUCCCAGCACUAUGAAGAUCAAGAUCAUUGCUCCACCUGAGCGCAAGUACUCUGUAUGGAUUGGUGGCUCCAUCUUGGCUUCCCUAUCCACCUUCCAGCAGAUGUGGAUCACAAAACAAGAAUAUGAUGAAGCUGGUCCAUCCAUUGUCCACCGCAAAUGCUUCUAAACUUGUUUACUUGAUCUCAAAUGUAACAUUCUGUCUCAGGUUGGCAGUGUUCUUUGCUCUGGGCUGCAGAAAAAGUCCCACUCUCUACAGAUGACAAUGUUUGUCAUUCUAACCUCAUACUCAUUGUGACUCAAAGAUUAUGUAAAGUGUACAUAAAUUGUAAUUUAUUUUAAGAUGUUUUGUAACUUCUAAAACAUGAACCCAACAGGAAAUGUCAAGAAACAAUAAAUGAGUCAUUGCCCCUCUUGA